AUGUCGUUGGGGAGAAGUCUUCUUCGGAACAAAAGCCUCUUGAAAUUGAGUGCCAAAGAAACACCGCAGGAAAUCAUCGUCUCAUUUCAUUCAAGCGGCUUGACCUGUAAUCAAUGGCGAAAGCUGAAGAAUCUAUGGGCUCCCGGUAAAACCCUUUUCCGGCCAAGUUGUGUCGGGGAGAAGAAGGAUCAGUUUCUUUCUCAGUACGGUCAAAGUGGAGGUCCAACUUGCCUGGCGGUUUUUCCCAAGGAAGCAGCGAAUAAGAUUGAAUCCAUCGAUGAAGAUCUGCUUUUGCUGUAUGGUAAAUACGGUUCUACUUUGGUUGAUCAUAUGGAUAUCCAAAAAGGUGCCACUUUAGCUGAAUCCGAAUCAUCCCUCUUCGAUUUUUGUUUGCCCAGUUCGUAUCUUUCUUUCUUGUGUUCUCCUCCUGAGAAAUUGAAUGAUUCGAGUCCACCCCCUGAGAGUACUUAA